CCGAAUGUUUUGCUUAUCUUCGUAUUUCUUCUCGUAAGUAUCUCCUCUCGUACCAUAUCUUACUCUCCAAGACUUGAUGUCAUGGGCCUUGAGCACAAUGGACUUCACCGACUGUACUGGGGGCGGGAUGUGACUUGCGAGUAUUUCUGA